AUGGAACAACUCUCACUGGAUGAUAAGCAGCAAUUUGUGCGGGAAACUUGUCGUGUUCUGAGGCGGGUGGAGUUUCUGUUGCUGGUUGAGUACACGGAAGUGAUGGUCCCAGUUCUCUACGUCAUCUACAUUGCGGCAGUGUACCAUUUUCCGAAUCGCAAGUAUUUCCCCCACCUCGACGAAAUGUCCGAGGCUGAACUUCUGACAACGAUACGCAGCCUGCUGAUCUACUGCUCGUUGCAGCUACUUUCGUCCGUACUGUUGCUGGCUGUGCUCCGUCGUCGAUACAAUCUAGUGUCGGAAUCAAUUCUGAGCUUUGUUCUCAAAACGGAUUGGACAGUUGUCCAAGGGCUGCUGGUACUUUGGAUAAUUUACGUACUCCAGUCAUCCAUUCAACACGUUGGAACGGAUUACACCUUUAAGUUCCAGUGGUUGCACACACACGACAAUAAAUGA